UUUCGAUUGCCUUGGCAGGUAAGUGGGGCUUAUCUGUUCUUACUAGUAAACUAGAUAUUACAAUGUUAGUAUUACGAGAUUCUUCGUUUAUCUGGGAACCUAGGUUUCCAAUGCCUUCGGCAACUUGCUUGGGUGACAAGUUCAUUAAAUCGUUAGUGCCUACAUGGAAUACUAUUGAUUCUGGUUCUUUACGGAUAAUAGGCUUCAAAUAGUCUUCCAUAUCAUCGAUAGUAGCACCCGCAAAGCUCUUGAUCACUACAUGGUUGUUGGUGUCAGAUAAUCUCCAGCCUUGCAGGUUUUUCACAAUAGAAUCCCCAGCUAUGACAGUUACUUUUUUCUUAGGUUUAGCCUUGUCAUUAUUAUGGCCGGCAACGCUUUGAUUGUGGCCGCCCAUGCUUUGAUCAUGGGCAAUAACGCUCUGAUCAUUAUGGUAAUUGCCGUGGUUAGGUCGAAUGCUAAUCUCAGCAUUGUCAGGACAAUUACCAUGGGAAUUCUCACUUUGCUGAUUAACAUUAGUCGUACGAUUUUUCCGACCUUUGAUAUUUCUACCGCCUUUAGGAUUGAUGUUGCCCUCAUUCAGCUUAGCCUUUUCACUUUCCCCACUUUUCUCCAAAUCUAUUACUUGGAUUUGAGCAUCGCAUGUGGAAACGGAGGCGUCAGCAGUAGACUUACUGGAAAGAUUUUCUGGCGGGCCUGCCGUAAUACAAUUCUCACUAUUGCUCCUCUCACAAUAGAUGAGUUUAAUAGCUGUUAACAGGCUUGACCUCUCGUUUUCAAGGUCUUUAACUCUUUGGUUUAAAUCCGAAGAGACAGACAUUAGAUUUUCAUGUCUAUGUGUUAAAUCUUCAAAGCUUCUCUUCAUAGUCGUGUUUUCUUCUUGCAGAUUAGCAUUAAUAUAUUUAAACUCAGACAGAACUUUGAGGAUAUUCUCGAGUUUGUUAUUAACAGACAUUUCAAACGCAUUUGAGUAAUUGUUGACUUCAUUGACAUUAUUAUCGCCUGUAGCGGAGGCGACGUCGGCAUAAACGUCGUUUAAAACGACGACAGGGCUAAUAGGCUGGUUUGAUCUAGGGUUAUUCACCAUUCUCGACUUCAUAAGACAAUUUAACAUAAACUUAUCUGAGUUAUCUCGAACGAUGACCAGCUUCAUGGACUUCUGCCAUUUGACUUGAAAUUCGUCGGUUGAUAAUAGCCACACUCCGCCACUUGGGGAAGUCCAAUUGCCAGAAAGCUUCAGAUCUUUAUCAAAAUAUCUUUUUAAUUGAUUACAAGUGCCCGUCCAUCGAAAUUCAUCACCAUCAAAUGUUAAAUAUUGAUUUAACAACUCAACACACUCAUUCUCGGUUACUGCCUUGUCCAUACGACUUGAGUAUGUGGUUAAACAAAGAUUAACCACAUACUCACGGACUAUCUCUCUAACCGACGUCAAAGGGUCAAGCUCGGAAGUAACUACUCUUCAUAGGAGAACAUUUCUGCAGGAAUACCUCAAGGCUCCAUCCUUGGCCCACUGCUUUUCAAUAUUUUUAUGAAUGACCUUGUAUCUGUUAUCAAACACAGCAAAUUAUCAGCUUACGCGGACGCUACACAGAUCUCCUAUGCGGAUAAAGACCCUGCAAAAGUGGAAGAAGUCAUUAACUCUGAUUUAUCCAAAGUUGACAAGUGGUAUAAAGAAAAUAGAAUGCAAAGAAAUCUCUCCAAGUACCAAGCAAUCGUAAUGGGAAAACCAAACGCCAAUCUUGAAUUUCGCUGUGAAAACACAACCAUUCCCAACUGCGAGGAAAUGGAACUUCUUGGGGUCACUAUGGAUAACAAGCUGAAAUUUGAAAAACAUGUAGCAAAAAUAUGCCGGAAAAUGUCUCAACAAACUGCAGUUUUAAAGCGUAUGAGAAAUAUACUCCCAUUCGAAAUAAGAUCUAACAUUUAUACGUGCUUUAUCGCACCGCAUUUCAGGUACUGUUCUGAAACCUGGCAUUUUUGUAACAAGAUCACAGCUGACAAGUUGGAGAAAGUGAACGAUCGUGCGAUCCGCUUUGUUUUCAAGGCUGGUACGCACCCUACGAGGAACUUCUCGCAAAACUGGGACCCUCAACUUCGAGGCACGAACGAAUUAAAAAAAUUAUUUGUAAUGUGUAUAGAUCAUUAAAUCACAGCAACUAUCCAGCGAGCUUAGAGGAAUUACAAAAUAUAAGCCAAAGCAAAUAUUCAUUGAGAGGAAAACAUAUUCUUCAAAUUCCAAAGGUGAAUACCACAACUUACGGCCUGAAAUCCUGGCGAUACCAGGCAGCAAAACUAUGGAAUUCGUUCCUGACACUGCUAGAGCCACAGAAAACUACGAAAUGUUUUCAAACAGUAUUAGUUUAAACGACAUUAGAAUCUUAGACAAUCUACAGUAACUUAACGCAUUUUCACUUUGUUAGAUCAAAUUAAUGUAAUAACUACAAAUCUAAUUUGGUCUUCUUUUUACUAAAGUCUUACAAACAAUUAAUAUUACCGUGGCAAUACCUGUAAAUUAGGUUUUUCUGUAGCUAAGUGUAUUUGAUCACGUUAAAUAAAUGUUAUUGUAUUGUAUUGUAUACUGUCGAUUGUGAAAAAAGUCAGAAACAUUCAGCACGCUGCAUUAAACGACAUGGUACUAAGUGUGGUUUAUUUGGUAAAAAUACCGCCAAGUUUAGCCACAUGUAACCUCCUUAAUAUAACUCCAAAAGUAUCUCCAAUACAUGCAAGUCAUCUCAAGGCCAAGCGCAUUGCUGUGUCCAAGAACGAAAGACAUAUGUACAAAGAACGAUAAGAUAGAGAGGUUUUUAUAAGUGUACUAUGUCAAUCCACUUUCAACAUUGAGAUCAGAAAUCUACAAAAAAUUUAGCGUCAAAAUUACAUAUAUAAACACACGUAUAUCUCCUCACGGUUUUUAGAUAUGGCUUUUAGUUUUGGACACGUGAAUCUAAAUGUACAGUAGAUAGUUUUUUUUAAUUAGAACCACUUUUUGGUAAAUAUUAAGGUGGCUAUUGCCCGUUAAGCAUUAUCUAUUUUAAAGAUACAAAUGGAAAUAAUUCUUCCGCCUUUCAUUUGAUUUCUACAAAAUUUAUCACACUUAUAGAACUAGUAAAGAUUAACUGGCACACCAAGACUCAUCCCGAACAUAUUUAAGGACACUCUUCUACGUCAUAUCAGACGUAUUAUGGAUUUUCUGGUCUGUAGCCAACUUAAUACUUUUUUGCCAGAAUUCAGCUACACACGAACAUGCAGAUUUGGAUGGAGAAAGAAGUCACCAACCUUCCGCAGGGUGCAUUAAAAAGCAUAAUAGUACUGGAGGUUUACAUGUUAAUAAUAGCCCAAGUUUAGCGACAUAUAGCCACCUUAAUAUAAUUCAAAAAAGUAGCUAUGAUAAAGAUCAACUCUUGAAAGCGCCAAGUACAUUGCUGUGCCCAAGAAAGAAAGUCAAAUGUAAAAAGAACAAUAAGCUAGAUAGAGAGGUUUUAUACGUGUAAUACGUCAAUCGACUUGCAAUAAUGACAUCAGAAAUCUACAAAAAGUUUAGAGUCAAAAUUUCAUCUAUAAACACAAGUAUAUAUCUCCUUACCGUUUCCAGAUAUGGAUUUUAGUUUUGGACACGUCUAUCUAGAUGUGCAGUAGCUAGCUCUUGUUGAAAUUGGACGACUUGUUGAUAUAUAUUCAGGUGGCUAUUCCCCGUCAAACAUUGUGUAUUUUAAAGAUACAAAUCGAAAUAACUCUGCUGGGUUUAACCCGAUUACAACAAACAUACCACACUUGAAGAAAUAAACACGGUAAUGUAACAGACUAAGUCCAAUUUCUAACGAUUUUAAGGUAGCUCUCCUACGGCACAUUAGGCGUAUUACAGAUUUUCUUGUGUAGAGCAACCUCAAUGACGUUUUCCAAAAAUAGACUAUUGGAAAAGAAACACAUUUUAAUGGACAAAAAUGUCGCAAAACUUAGGCAGGCUGCAUUAAAAGGCCUAAUAGUAAUAGAGAUUUAUUUGGUAAAAAUACCCCAAGUUUAGUCACAUAUAGCCACCUUAAUAUAAUUCCAAAAGUAGCUCGGAUACAACUCAACUCAUUUCAAGACCAUGUACAUUGCUGUGUCCAAGGACGAAAGUCAUAUGUAAAAGGAACGAUAAGAUAGAGAGGCUUUUAUAAGUGUACUAUGUCAAUCCACUUUCAAUAUUGAGAUCAGAAAUCUGCAAAAAAAUUUAGCGUUAAUAUUACUUGUAUAAACACAGGUAUUUCUCCUUACGGCUUUCAGAUAUGGAUUUUAUUUUUCGACCCGUCAAUCUACAUGUCCAUUAGAUAGUUGUUGUUGAAAUAGGAGUACAUUGUUCAUAUAUAUUGAGGUGGCUAUUGCCCGUCAAAUACUGUCCAUUUUAAAGAUACAAAUUGAAAUAACUCUUCUGCCUUUAAUUCGAUUUCUAUUACAUGUACCACACUUCUAGAAAUAAUCAAGUUCAACGUACACGCCAAGGCUCAUCUCCAAAAAAGUUAAGAUGGCUCUCCUACGGCACAUCAGCCGUAUUAUGGAUUUUCUCUUCCAUAGCCACCUUAAUACUUUUUCCAAAAUUCAACUAUACACGAACAUGCAGCUUUUGAUGGAGAAACAAGUCACAAAACUUGCGCAGGAUGCAUUAAAAGCCCUAAUAAUACUGGAGGUUUACUAGGUAAAAAUAGCCCGGGUUUAGCAACAUAUAGCCACCUUAAUAUAAUUCCAAAUGUAGCUAUGAUACAGCUCUCUUCAUGUAAGGGCCAAGUACAUUGCUGUGCCCCGGAACGAAUGUAAUAUGUGAAAAGAACAGUAAGAUUGAGAGGUUUUAUACGUGUAAUAUGUCAAUCGACUUGCAAUAAUGAGAUCAGAAAUCUAGAAAAAAUUUAGCCGCGAAAUUACAUGUAUAAACACACGUAUAUUUCCUUACGGUUUUCAGAUAUGGAUUUUAGUUUUGGACACGUCAACCUAGAUAUCCAGUAGAUAGUUUUUUUUUUUAAAUAAAACAACUUUUUGAUAUAUAUUCAAGUGGCUAUUGCCCGUCAAACGUUGGCUAUAUUAAAGAUACAAAUCGAAAUACCUCGGCUGGGUUUAAUCCGAUAACUACGAAAUAUAUCACACUUGUAAAUGUAAACACGGUAAUGUAAAAGACUAAGUUGUACCUCUAACGCACUUAAGGAAGCUCUCCUACGGAACAUUAGGCGUAUUAUAAAUUUUCUUCUGUAGAGCCACCUUAAUACUUUUUGCAAAAAUUGAAUAUUCCCAAAGAUGCAGCUUGUGAUGGAGAAAAAGUCACAAACCUUGAGCAGGCUGCAUUAAAAAACCAAGUAGUAAUGGAGGUUUACUUGGCAAAAAUAGCCCAAGUUUAGACACAUAUAGCCACCUUAAUAUAAUUGCAAAAUUAGCGCCGAUCGAAUGAAAGUCAGCUAAAAAGAACAAUAAGAUGAACAGGAUUUUAUACGCAUAAUAUGGCAAUCCAUUUGCAAUAACGAGAUUAGAAAUCUACAAAAAGUUUAGCUUCAAAAUUUCGUGUAUAAACGCACGUGUAUCUCCUUACAGUUUCCAGAUAUGGAUAUUAGUUUUGGGCACGUCAAUCUAAAUCUUCAGUAGCUAGUUCUUGUUGAAAUAGGACGACUUGUUGAUAUAUACUCAGCUGGCUAUUGCCCGUCAAACAUUGUGUAUUUUAAAGAUACAAAUCGAAAUAACUCUGCUGCGUUUAACCCGAUUACAACGAAACAUACCACACUUGAAGAAAUAAACACGGUAAUGUAACAGACUAAGUCCAAUCUCUAACGAUUUUAAGGUAGCUCUCCUACUGCACAUUAGGCGUAAUAUAGAUUUUCUUGUGUAGACCAACCUUUACACCUUCUUCCAAAAAUAGACUAUUGCAAAAGAUGCAACUUUUGAUGGACAAAAAAGUCACGAACCUUGGGCAGGCUGCAUUAAAAGGCCUAGUAGUAAUGGAGAUUUAUUUGGUAAAAAUACCCCAAGUUUAGUCACAUAUCGCCACCUUAAUAUAAUUCCAAAUGUAGCUCGGAUACAACGCAAUUCAUUUCAACGCCAUGUACAUUGCUGUGUCCAAGAACAAAAGGCAUAUGUGAAAAGAACGAUAAGAUAGAGAGGUUUUUAUACGUGUACUAUGUCAGUCCACUUUCAAUAUUGAGAUCAGAAAUCUACAAAAAAUUUAACGUCAAUAUUACUUUAUAAACACACGUAUUUCUCCCCACAGUUUCCAGAUAUGGAUUUUAGUUUCGGAUACUACAAACGAAAUGUCCAGUAGGUAGUUCUUGUUGAAAUUGUACUACAUGGUGAUAUAUCUUAAGGUGGCUAUUGGCCGUCAAACAUAGUCUAUUUUAAAGAAAAAAAUCAAAAUAACUCUGCCGGGUUUAAUCCGAUUACUACGAAACAUUCCAAACUUGUAGAAAUAAUGACGGCAAUGUAACAGACUAAGUCCUUUGUUUAAGGCAUGUAAGGUAGGUUCCUGCGGCACGAUAGGCGUAUUAGAGAUUUUUUUCCAGGGACAUCUUAAAACUCUUUAUUUCAAAACUCAACUACACUGAAAUGACGGCAAUGUAACAGACUAAGUCGUAUUUUUAAGGCAUGUAAGGUAGCUAUCCUACGGCACGAUAGGCGUAUUAGGGAUUUUUUCCAGAGCCACCUUAAUACUUUUUAUUUCAAAACUCAAGUAGACUGAAAGAUGUACCAUUUCAUGGUGAAAAAAGUCAGAAACAUUCAGCAGGCUGCAUUAAAAGGCCUGGUGCUAAUGGUGGUUUAUUUGGUAAAAAUACCCCCAAGUUUAGCCACAUAUAACCUCCUUUAUAUAAUUCCAAAAGUAGCGGCAAUACAGGCAAGUCAUCUCAAGGCCAGGUGCAUUGGUGUGUCCAACAACGAAAGUCAUAUGUAAAAAGAACGAUAAGAUAGAGAGGUUUUUAUACGCCUACUAUGUCAAUCCACUUUCAAAAUUGAGAUCAGAAAUCUACAAAAAAAUUAGCAUCAAUACUACUUGUAUAAGCACACUUAUUUCUCCUUAUGGUUUCCAGAUAUUGAUUUUAGUUUCGGACACGUCUACCUACAUGUCCAGUAGAUAGAUGUUCUUGAAAUUGUACUACUUGGUGAUAUAUAUUAAGGUGGCUAUUGCCCGUCAAACAUUGUCUAUUUUAAAGAAAGAAAUCAAAGUAAGUCUGCUGGGGUAAAUCCGAUUACUACAAUGCAUUCCAAUCUUGUAGAAAUAAGGACGGCAAUGUAACAUACUAAGUCGCAUGUUUAAGGCACGUAAGGUAGCUAUCCUACGGCAGAUUAGGCGUAUUUUGGAUUUUUUCUAGAGCUACCUUAAGGUGGCUCGAUACAGUUUUCAAAAAUUCAGGUGUUCAACACUUUGAAAUGUUCAAACUAUGCAUUUUUAGAAUAUAUUCAGCAGAUAUUGGGUUUUUGAUAUAUUUCGAUAUCUCUACUUUCAAAUUAUAUUAGUUUUAGUAACAGAUAGUUCGUUGCUAUGACGACAUACGUGUACAAAAUACACUCCAAAAUGGCGUAUCGUCUCGUAUAGUUGGAAAAGAAGCAUGGUGACCCCCAAUUUUUUUUCUUGCAUUAUUGUACUUGGACGAAAAGCUAACAAUUAGAAAAAUAUAAAAAAAUUCUGUAAUGCCGUUUUUUUGGAAAAUGCGAAAAUGUCAUAUUCUUCGGUAAAAUUUUUUUGGCAUUACAGAAUUUUUUUAUUUUUUGUAUAAUGAAAGUUUUUAGCGGUGCAAUACAGCAUGCAAAAUUUGAACAUAGGUCACCAGACAAAAUAAAGAGAUAUAGCACAUUGUUUUUCUAAAAUGGAAAAUUCUAAUGACGUCAGCAAUUGACAUAAAACGCUAUAUAGAACACGCGAAAUGACGUGAGAUGGCGCGAGCAGCUGCUUACGUCAGGUCAUUUUGGAAGUUCUGUCAUUUUGUUAAUCAGUUUCCGCGACCUGCGCGUAAAAAUGGUCACCCGGUUUUGAGUUCGCGAUUCUUGAGCAGGGUUUUCGUGAUAACUAUAUCGAGCCACCUUAAUACAUUUUAUUUCAAAACUCAACUAUACUGUUGAUGGUGAAAAAAGUCUGAACCAUUCAGCAGGCUGCAUUAAAAGACAUGGUACUAAGUGUGGUUGAUUUGGUAAAAAUACCGCCAAGUUUAGCCACAUAAAACCUCCUUAAUAUAAUGCCAAAAGUAGCUCCAAUACAGGCAAGUCAUCUCAAGGCCAAGUGCAUUGCUGUGUCCAAGAACGAAAGUCAUAUGUAAAAAGAACGAUAAGAUAGAGAGGUUUUUAUACGUGUACUAUGUCAAUCCACUUUCAAUAUUGAGAUCAGAGGUCUACAAAAAAAUUAGUGUCAAAAUUUCAUGUAUAAACACACGUAUAUCUCCUCACGGUUUUCAGAAAUGGCUUUUAGUUUUGGACACGUGAAUUUAAAUGGACAGUAGAUAGUUUUUUUUUAAUUAGGACCACUUUUUGGUAAAUAUUAAGGUGGCUAUUGCCCGUUAAACAUUAUCUAUUUUAAAGAUACAAAUGGAAAUAACUCUUCCGCCUUUCAUUUGAUUUCUACAAAAUUUAUCUCGCUUAUAGAACUAGUAAAGAUUAACUGGCACACCAAGACUCAUUUCGAACAUAUUUAAGGAGGCUCUUCUACGUCACAUCAGGCGUAUUAUGGAUUUUCUGGUCUGUAGCCAACUUAAUACUUUUUUUUCCAGAAUUCAGCUACACGCGACCACACAGAUUUGGAUGGAGAAAGAAGUCACCAACCUUGCGCAGGGUGCAUUAUAAAGCAUAAUAGUACUGGAAGUUUACAUGUUAAUAAUAGCCCAAGUUUACUGACAUAUAGCCACCUUAAUAUAAUUCUAAAAAGUAGCUAUGAUAAAGAUCAACUCUUAAAAGGGCCAAGCACAUUGCUGUGCCCAAGAACAAAAGUCAAAUGUAAAAAGAACAAUAAGAUACAGAGGUUUUAUACGUGUAAUAUGUCAAUCGACUUGCAAUAAUGAGAUCAGAUAUCUACAAAAAGUUUAGAGUGAAAAUUUCAUGUAUAGACGCAAGUAUAUAUCUCCUUACAGUUUCCAGAUAUGGAUUUUAGUUUUGGACACGUCUAUCUAAAUGUCCAGUAGCUAGUUCUUGUUGACAUAGGACGACUUGUUGAUAUAUAUUCAGCUGGGUAUUCCCCGUCAAAUAUUGUGUAUUUUAAAGAUACAAAUCGAAAUACCUCGGCUGGGUUUAACUCGAUUACAACGAAACAUACCACACUUGAAGAAAUAAACACGGUAAUGUAGCAGGCUAAGUCCAAUCUCUAACGAUUUUAAGGUAGCUCUCCUACGGCACAGUAGGCGUAUUAUAGAUUUUCUUGUGUAGAGCAACCUUAAUACCGUUUUCCAAAAAUAGACUAUUGGAAAAGAUGCACCUUUUGAUGGACAAAAAUGUCGCAAACCUUGGGCAGGCUGCAGUAAAAGGCCUAGUAGUAAUGGAAAUUUAUUUGGUAAAAAUACCCCAAGUUUAAUCACAUAUAGCCACCUUAAUGUAAAUCCAAAAGUAGCUCGGAUACAACUCAACUCAUUUCAAGGCCAUGUACAUUUUUGUGUCCAAGGACAAAAGUCAUAGGUAAAAAGAACGAUAAGAUAGAGAGGCUUUUAUGCGUGUACUAUGUCAACCCACUUUCAAUAUUGAGAUCAGAAAUCUGGAAAAAAAAUUGAAAGAAAUCAAAGUAACUCUGCUAGGUUUAAUCCGAUUACUACAAUGCAUUCCAAACUUGUAGAAAUAAGGACGGCAAUGUAACAGACUAAGUCGUAUGUUUAAGGCAUGUAAGGUAGCUAUCCUACGGCACAUUAGGCGUAUUAUGGAUUUUUUCCAGAGCCAGUUUAAUACUUUUUAUUUCAACAAUACUUUUUAUUUCAUAUUUCUUAUUUUUAUAAAUCGGUUAAAUAUGGUGCUCGGCAACAGAAUUAGCUCUGCCGUUUCUUUGCUCUUACUUUGCCUCUCGUGUUUAUUUUACGACAAAUUAUCGAGUAAGGACAGGACAGGACAGUAUGUGAAGGGAACUCGAUUGUUAACCCACCUUGUGUUGGGAAAACACUUGAAUUACAAAGUCAAGGAAUUUAUACGGUGAGGAGAGCGAUGGAUCGUCACGGACGACGAAUUUUGUCUGGGAAAAUUCUCUACACAACGAACGGUAUUAGCCCAUUUAACAUGGAAGGAAAACUACUAACCUGUGGAGACGUUUCACUUAACCCAGGACCAAAAGGAAGCAAUUCCAAGUAUUUCUGCAGGGAGUGCCGUAAGAAGGUCAGACGAAAUCAAAACGCUAUUAUCUGCACGGACUGUGAAGCUCGAUUUCAUGCAAAAUGUCUUAAAAUAUAUAGUUGGACAAACAAAAACAACACCAUACAGUCCAAUAACGAUUUGGUGUGUACUAUGUGCGCAUUACCAAACUUUAGUGACUCGCUUUUUGAAAAUAAUCAUUGCGAACUCACGACUCCUGAAAUAGCAGACUCGGAAACUAACAACAAAUCAAUCUUGACUGAUAAUUUAAAACAGUUAAGGGAUGCUAAUCAUAAGAAAUGUUUAAUAGCUAGCUUAAAUGUAAACAGUCUACCGAACAAAUUUGUCGAAAUCAAAAAGUGGCUACGCUGUGGUGUUUUCGAUAUUCUCUCAAUUCAAGAAACAAAAAUUGAUAAAACCUUCCCAAAUUCUCAAUUUUACGUCGAAGGAUUUAAAUAUUUUCGUAGGGAUCGAAAGAAAGGCGGAGGCGGCAUUAUUGUCUACAUAAAAGAAAACAUUAUUGCACAAGAAAAGAAAAUUGCAUGCAAACAGCUCGAGACCAUUCUACUGCAAUUACGCGUCGGACAGGGACAAUUUGCAUUAAUCAGCGCAUAUAAACCACCCUCGGUAGACAAUAACGCGUUCACCACUGAAUUAUCAAUGGUAUUAGACGUAGCGUUUCUAUUAGGUGAAAAUAUUGUUUGCACUGGAGACUUGAAUUAUGAUUUAUUGCAGCCUCUGUCCAACAAUAAACAAGGGAAAUGCUUGCUGGAUAUUUGCGACAUUUACGAUUUAGAUUCUCUUAUUAAUAAACCAACGCGAGUAUCAGAAAAUGGAUCGUCUUGCCUUGACGUUAUUAUAACAAACGUGCCAGCAUUUAUGGGAGACUCUGAUGUUGUAGAAACAGGACUCAGCGAUCAUUACUUGGUAUAUACAGUUCUAAACAUAAAGCCUAUGCGACCUAAAUCAGAGCCCCUCAUCAAACGCUCGCUUAAAAAUUUGAAUCAGAAGGCGUUCCUUGAGGAUCUCAGUAAAGUACCAUUCACUACUGCUUACAUAUUUGACGACUCAGACGACGUUUAUUGGUGCUGGGAAACACUCUAUAAUCAGGUGCUUGAUGAUCAUGCGCUAAUAAGACAGUUUUAUCGCCGGCAACGAAUAGCAUCAAAGUUUAUCACUGCAGAAACCCGAAAUGCCAUGAAAGAAAGGAACCGUUUAAAGAAAAAGUAUUAUAAAUUUAGAAACCCUACAGAUUGGGAGCAAUAGCGCCAGAUCAGAAAUAAGGUAGUCAGCAUGCGAAGGAAAUCGGUCCAAGAGCAUUUCAGGGAACUCUGCGUAGACAAACACGGAAGUCAGAAGAAGUUCUGGAGCACUAUAAAACCGUACAUUAAUUCAAGGAAAAUUAAAAGCAAUAGUCGUAUUGUUAUUAAAGACAAUGAAAAGAUAAUUACUGACACGAAAGAAGUGGUGGAGACAUUGAAUAAAUAUUUUUCGAGCGAUGCUUAUGUUCCAGACUCCGAUCAUGCAAAUAGACCUAUGCCAGACUUAAAUCACAUAGCUGAAAACGUUGUAAAUGUGCCAACAUUAUCACUGAAGGAAACUAAUUACGUAGAAGUUAGAGAGAUACUAGAAGAUGUUAAAAUAAAUAAAGCUACAGGAUACGACCUUAUCCCGCCUCGACUGGUGAAAGACUCAGCUGAAGUGCUUUGCUAUCCACUGAGCACAUUAAUUAACUAUAUUCUGGGCAAUGGAAAAAUCCCUCAGCAAUGGAAAUCCGGCGAAAUAACACCUGUAUAUAAGAAAGAAUGUGAACUGAGCCAAAUUAACUAUAGAUUUUUAACGAUUUUGCCUUCCCUCUCUAAGGUAUUUGAGAAGAUAGUAGAGCUGAGAAUGAGCCCUCAUUUUGAGAAAAUAUACCACAAAUACGUUUUUGCGUAUAGAAAAUAUCACGGAUGUGAUACAGCUAUUCUAUCCUUGACAGAAGAAUGGAAGAAGGAACUCGACAAUCACAAGGUGAUUGGUCUUGUGGCGAUGAAUCGUUCAAAAGCUUUUGACACACUGCGACAAGACUUAACUGUCCAGAAGUUGAAACAAUACGGCGCUGACCAAAAAACAACGACGCUAAUCACGGACUAUCUCUCUAACCGACGUCAAAGGGUCAAGCUCGGAAGUAACUACUCUUCAUGGGAGAACAUUUCUGCAGGAAUACCCCAAGGCUCCAUCCUUGGCCCACUGCUUUUCAGUGUGGAAGAAGUCAUUAACUCUGAUUUAGCCAACGUUGACCAGUGGUAUAAAGAAAAUAGAAUUCAAAGAAAUCUCUCCAAGUACCAAGGAAUCGUAAUGGGAAAACCAAAAGGCAAUCUUGAAUUUCGCUGUGAAAACACAACCAUUCCCAACUGCGAGGAAAUGGAACUUCUUGGGGUCACUAUGGAUAACAAGCUGAAAUUUAAAAAACAUGCAGCAAAAAUAUGCCGGAAAGUGUCUCAACAAACUGCAGUUUUAAAGCGUAUGAGAAAUAUACUCCCAUUCGAAAUGAGAUCUAACAUUUAUACGUGCUUUAUCGCACCGCAUUUCAGGUACUGUUUUGAAACCUGGCAUUUUUGUAAGAAGAUCACAGCUGACAAGUUGGAGAAAGUAAACGAACGUGCGAUCCGCUUUGUUUUCAGGGGCAGGUACGCACCCUACGAGGAACUUCUCGCAAAACUGGGACUCUCAACUUUGAGGCACGAACGAAUUAAAAAAAUUAUUUGUAAUGUGUAUAGAUCAUUAAAUCACAGCAACUAUCCAGCGAGCUUAAAGGAAUUACAAAAUCUAAGGCAAAGCAAAUAUUCAUUGAGAGGAAAACAUAUUCUUCAAAUUCCAAAGGUGAAUACCACAACUUAUGGGCUGAAAUCCUGGCGAUACCAGGCAGCAAAACUAUGGAAUUCGCUUCCUGACACUGCUAGAGCCACAGAAAACUACGAAAUAUUUUCAAACAGUAUUAGUUUAAACGACAUUAGAAUCUUAGACAAUCUACAGUAACUUAACGCAUUUUCACUUAGAUCAAACUAAUGUAAUAACUACAAAUGUAAUGUAAUGUAAUGUAAGAUCUUUAUUUACACAGGGUGACCCAAUCAGUGAAUGUUCACUGUUAUCCUUAGGGGCCCUGAAAAAUAUACAGUAUAUCUACAAUACAGUUUUAUCUAAAAUAGUAUAAAAUUAUCUAUAAUCCCUACAAUAAACUAACUAUCUAUAUGUCGCGAUCGACUUAAUUAGACUUAUUAAAAACCUUGCAUCCAUAAUAAUAAAAAGAAUUCUUUGCACAUUCAGUUCUUACUUUAGGCAAACGCAGUUUGUCUGAUUGUCUUGUUAUUCGCGAGGAACUGUCACGAUUAAAAACGAAAUAAUUAUUAAAAAAUUGUGGACAUUUCCCUAGAAUACAUUUUUUAACCAGUUUGAGAACAUGUACGUCUCUUCUUGAUUCUAAGCUGUCCCAUCUGAGGCUUGCCAUUGCGUCAUCACUUCGCGGGUACCUGGAAAUCACUCUGGCAGCACGCUUUUGGAGUAUCUCAAGCCUUCCUUUGUUUUGCUCACCACAGCACGUCCAAAUAGUGUCCCCAUACUCCAUAAGAGGGCGAAUGAAGACUUAUAAACCGUUUCCGCCGCAUUUAGGGUCAGGUUUUCCGUAGUCGACGUAACAUACCAAUUCUUCUGCCCACUUUCAUUGCUAUAUUAUCAACAUGUGAAUGCCAAGACAAAUUUGCAUUUAAAGUAAUACCAAGGUAACAAUAAUCAGUUACACGCUUCAAUGGAAAGCCAUCAAUUGAGAGCUCAUAAUUAGUUACCUUUGAUAAGUUUGCAUUAGUUCCAAACAACAUCGUCUCUGUUUUUUUCCUAUUAAGAGACAGUUUGUUUUCCAUCAGCCAAGCUCUCAAAUUUUCUAGCUCGGUUGUUAACACAUUCUGUAUUACACCACUGUCCCUGUCUGCGAAGAAAAGUACCGUGUCAUCGGCAUACAUCAGAACAUUGCAUUGUUGAACAGCUGCUGGAAGAUCAUUAAUAAACAAGACGAACAGUAGGGGCCCUAAAAUAGACCCCUGUGGUACUCCAGACGAAAUAUUACAUGGCAAUGAUUGCAUAUUCUGAAAGGUAACUAUUUGCGAUCGAUCGUUAAGGUAACUACUAAACCACUCAAGUUCACUUUCAACUACGCCGUAACUCUCCAACUUGGCCAAAAGUAGGGAGCGGUCUACGGUGUCAAACGCCUUCCUAAGGUCUACAAAUAUGGCUCCUGUAAUCAUCUUUUGGUCAAUGUUCCUUCGAAUAGAGUCUGUGAGAGAAAUAACCGCAGUUUCCGUUGAGUGAUAUUUACGGAAACCACACUGGUAAGGAUUCAAGAGAUGAUUCGUUGUUAAAAAUCUAUACAACUGCUCAUGAUCAUGGACUGCUUUCUCUAAUAGCUUAGACACUGUAGGAAGAACUGAGAUCGGUCUGUAGUUGUCCAUAUAUCCGGGUUGUCCUUUCUUAAAAACAGGAAUUACCUUAGCAAGUUUGAAAUCAUCAGGCAUUGUUCCUUGUUCGAGGGAUACGUUAAUGAUCUUUGUGAGUGGUCUGGCAAUAACAUUAGCGGAGUCUUUCAGAAGUCGUGGUGGUAUAUUAUCUAAUCCAGCUGCUUUCUUAACAUCAAUUUUACGCAAAUUAUUUAGAAUAAACUGCUCUUUCACUUCCUCGAAUUUAAAUACAAAACCACUAUUUAAACGUUUGAAAAAACACUGCGAUGUAAUAUUUCCGAUGUUUUUACAAAGAUUACUAAGCGAUUGGUGCAGCCGCGAUACUGUUUCAGUAAAGUAUACACCAAAUGCGUUAGCAAUUUGUUGUUUAUCUUUACUCAGUUUUCCAUCAAUCAAUGCAUUAGUCGCCACCAGGGAUGCCGGAAGAUCGAUAAUAGCGGGUGCAGAUAUUCAUAUAUUCCUGUUCUGCCCAAUUAAUUUCUUUUGAAAUCGAUUGUUUUUACAGUCUGUGAACACGAAUAUAUGAAUAUCUGCCCCCGCUAAUAUCGAUCUUCCGGCAUCCCUGGUCGCCACAUGUUUACUCUCUACAGGAAAGACCUUUUUCAUAGUUUUCCAAAACGAUCGUGGGUUAUGACUAUCGUCAUAAAUAAAAUUCCUAUGAUAUUUUUCUUUCGCUGAGCGGAUUCUGUUUGUUAUUAUAUUUCUAGUCCUACGGUAUGUUGCCCAAUCUUCAUUUGAAUUAGAUUUCCUAGCCUUUUUAAGUUCAUGGUCACGCUGUCUGAUUUCUUCCUUAAUCUCGCUGUUUAUCCAUGCACAAGGGUGAUUAGACCUUACUUUCUUAUUCAUUAACGGUGCAUGCCUAUCAGCUAUUUCAGUAAAGAGUGACUUGAACCGUGACCAAAGUUCAUUAACGGAUAAGCAUGAUGUACCUAGGGUAUUGUUAAAGACAUUAACACAAUCCUCGCAGAACUUUGGCGCAUCAUACUUUGCAUAAUUUCUUACUGUUCUAAUCCUUUCUAGUGGCCUCUUUCAGUUAAUUUUCCUAAUACAGUAAACCAUCUCAUGAUCACUCAAACCGGUACACACUACACCAGAGCGGCUUAUGUUUUGUGAGAAGUUUGUAGCAAUAAGAUCUAACAAAGUAUAAUCUAAUUUAGUCUUCUUUUUACUAUAGUCUUAUAAACAAUUAAUAUUAUCGUGGCAAUACCUGUAAAUUAGCUUUUUCUGUAGCUAAGUGUAUUUGAUCACGUUAAAUAAAUGUUAUUGUAUUGUAUACUGUUGAUGGUGAAAAAAGUCAGAAGCAUUCAGCAGGCUGCAUUAAACGACAUGGUACUAAGUGUGGUUUAUUUGGUAAAAAUACCGCCAAGUUUAGCCACAUAUAACCUCCUUAAUAUAAUCCAAAAAAAUAGCUCCAAUACAGGCAAGUCACCUCAAGGCCAAGUGCAUUGCUGUGUCCAAGAACGAAAGUCAUAUGUAAAAAGAACAAUAAGAUACAAAGGUUUUUAUACGUGUACUAUGUCAAUCCACUUUCAAUAUUCAGAUCAGAAAUCUACAAAAAAUUUAGCGUCAAAAUUACAUGUAUAAACACACCAAUAUCUCCUCACGGUUUUCAGAUAUGGCUUUUAGUUUUGGACACGUGAAUCUAAAUGUACAGUAGAUAGUUUUUUUUAAAAUUAGAAUCACUUUUGCAGCUAUUAUCAAAAGACACCAAACUUGAAUCAUUUGCGCCUACAACGACGGAGGAUUUGCUUGUGCUCACACGAAAAUUGGUUAAAAAAUCAUGCAUACUUGACCCAAUCCCAGCGAAGGUACUAAUGGAAUGUUAUACUGAUUUAUUACCGGUUAUCACUAAAAUAACUAAUAUUUCACUGGAAACAGCCACUGUGCCAAACAAUUUAAAAUGUGCUGCUCUUGAUCCAAGACUUAAGAAAGAUAGUCUAAGCACUGAUGAAUUUUCAAGUUUCCGGCCUAUUUCAAACCUUAAAUUUGUAUCAAAAUGCAUAGAGAAAGUGGUAGCAACUCAGUUGGAUCAACAUAUCACAAGUAAUAAUUUGGACGAACCCAUGCAAUCUGCGUUCAAGAAACACCAUAGUACCGAGACGGCAUUAAUAAAGGUUCAAAAUGACAUUCUACAAGCCAUUGAUAAUCAAAAUUCAGUGAUUUUAUUGCUGCUUGACAUUUCUGCCGCCUUCGAUACGAUUGAUCACGAAAUAUUAUUGUCCAGGCUAUCUUCUAGAUAUGGAAUCACUGGAAAGGCUCAUAAGUGGUUUGAAUCAUAUCUUAAUGAAAGAACAUUUACGGUGCAUGUCUCGGGUGGUCAAUCCACUAAACGCACUCUACGAUCUGGUGUUCCACAGGGUAGUAUUUUGGGGCCAAUGCUUUUUUCACUGUAUAUAGCACCAAUUGGAGACCUUAUGAGAUCAUUGGGCAUCGACUUCCAUCUUUAUGCCGAUGACAC